GCGCCAAAGCAUCCUAUCUUCCCGCUUAUUUCAGACCAGCCUCCCCUCCGCCCUCCUUAUAUCUCUUUCAUCUCUCUCCCUUCCCCUCUCUCUCUCUCAAUCUGUAAUUACGACCUAUACACAGAUUGAAACACAAAUUAAUUUACUAGGUUUGACUAUCAACAGUUGAGCAACUAAGAGAGAGAGAUAUAUAGAGAUAUAGAUGCAAGGGCACCAGCCGCAUCCAGCGACUCCCGGCGGCGGCGCCGACUUCGCCGCCGCGUUCCGUCCGAACAACGGCAAGAAGCGCGGCAGUUACAACUGCGGACGGUGCGGCCAGCCGAAACGAGGCCACAUCUGCCACCUACCACCUUCCUCCGCCGGCGCCACGCCGACCGACUCGACCUCGUCGGCGGCGACGCCGAUCUCGGUCCCACGGCCGCCACGUCAGCCCUACACUCGCCUCCGCCGCGCACUCUCCUUCGAUGACGCCGCCGCGGAGUCUGAGAACGAGAACGAAGAGAGAGAAGAGGAGGAGGCUCCGAGGGAGAUUGAUGAGGUGGCGAUGAGGUCAGGAGAGUUGGGAGGGAUUUGCUUGUAUGAAGUGAUGAGGAGAUUGGCGCCGAUGGAGUUGUUGAGUGCGGCGAAAGUGUGUAAGGGAUGGAGAGAUACAUCUAGAAGGAUUUGGAAGGCGGCGGAGGAGUUAAGGCUCAGAGUUCCUGUUAGGUCUCAGCCCGGAUUUCCUGGAUCUGUUCUUCGGAAGUGCCCCGGGCUUCUUCGGCUUUCGCUUCGUAUGGAAAGUGAUGUGGAUGCGACGAUGUUGGCUUGCAUUGCAUUUUCAUGCCCUAAUUUGCAAUCUUUGGAGAUUUUUACUUCUGAUACCUCAGUUAAUCGGAUUACUGGGGAUGAAUUGGGUCGCUUUGUAGCUGAUAAACGCUGUCUAUCAAGUCUUAAAAUGGAAGGGUGUUGUAACCUUGGUAGUUUUAAUAUUUAUUCAUCAAGUCUGUCCACACUGUGGCUUUCCAAUCUUCAUUCACUGACCAAGACGGUUUUUAAUUGCCCAAAUUUACAAGAGAUCUCUCUAAAUUUUUCUUGCCAAGAGAACGAAUGUACUGAUCUUGCUACAAUGGUUGAUGGUCUGGGAAGAAACUGCCCAAAAUUACAAAACAUACACAUUGCUUCAGCUCGACUUUCACAUGCUGUUGUGCUUUCUCUGACAGCUGCACACUUGAGGGGUUUGCGAAUGCUCUCUCUCGUCCUUGGAACUGAAAUUACUGAUGCAUCUGUUGCAGCAAUUGCAGCAAGUUACUCUAAUCUGGAAUUACUUGAUCUGAGUGGGUCUGGUAUCAGUGACAGUGGAAUAGGAAUGAUUUGCAAUGCAUUCCCAGACACUUUAUCCAAACUUCUUCUAGCUCUUUGUCCAAAUAUAACCUCAAGUGGCAUCCAGUUUGCCACUGCUCAGUUGCCACUUCUAGAACUCAUGGAUUGUGGAAUGACUAUUCGUGAUUUGUAUGAACAAGAUCCGACUUCUGAAGUAGAUACUAAUUCUGGAGCACAAACACCAUCAAAGAGCAAGCUACAUCUCAUGUACCAAAAGCUGAUAAUCAAGCAUGGCCGGUUGAAGAAAUUAAGCUUGUGGGGUUGUUCCGGCUUAGAUGCUUUAUACUUAAACUGUCCCGAACUCAAGGAUCUCAACCUAAAUUCGUGCAAAAAUUUGCACUCUGAGAGCAUGCUAAUUCAGUGUCCCAAUUUGGAAAAUGUGCAUGCAUCAGGGUGCCAAAGUAUGUUAGUUAAAACCAUUCAAGAUCAGGUCUGCAAUGGUAUGGAUGCUUCACAGAACAGACUACCUUUCAAACGUUUAGCUGAUGGCUCCAAGAGGGUCCAAGUCCCGCAUUUCCUUAAUCAGCAGGUGACUUGUGAGGCAUACCAUGACAAGGAGUGGGGUGAACGGACUUGUAAGAGGAGGUGUACUUUGCUAGUGGACUAAUGUACAAUGCUUCAAUGUAUGAACAUUGUACUCUAAUUGUUGUUCAACCUUGUUUCCAUUUUACAUUCAAAAGGCAUGGCCUGAAGUGUUCAGUGCCUGUAGUUGCUAGGACUUCCAGUGCCAGGUGGCAUAAUUGAUAAAUUCUUUUAUAAACUCCUACAUCUGAUUUUAGAUGUGAAUCUGGGGAUCAGAAAACAUUAAGCAAAAAUUGUUCUGGUUUCUAAACCCCGACACCAUAAUAAAAUUUGCAAACUGCAAACCCUUGUGAA